AUGCGUCUCUCAGGACUGGUAGCGUUGGUGGUGGCAGUGUCCGGGGCGGCGGCCGCGAGGGCAUGUUCGAAUGAUCGGUGUCUGAGAGCGGUGAGCAGUGCACCGUCGCAUAUACGGAUGUCUGAUUGCAGCGAGCUUUUCAAAACAACAAUUACUCCAUCGACGAGCACCAUUACACAGACGAUUGGGACUACCACGACGGCAACUACCACAAAAACUACAGUGACAACAGCAACGACUACAGUCACUACCAACACAAAAGUUGCAUCAAAACGGUGGGAGGAGCAGCGUGAGGCUCUCGACAUUCUACUCAGACGUGUACCGCCACAUCACGACCAUACAACUACUACAACGGCUGCGCAAAAGACACCAAGCUAUGCAUCAGGUUGUGUGUCUGUCGCCGCCUAUUCCAGCGCGUGCAGUUGCCUGGGCGUACAACAUGCGACCAUCACAGCACCAACGCCAAAGACGACCAAGAUUGUCAGCGUAAAGAGAACCGCUGUAGUGACCAAGAUCUCAACCAUUGUGACGACUGAAACUUAUAUGGCCAUCAGUAAUAGCACUACUGCUGCCUUUACUAAUACCACGCGGGCAGCUUUUGCGAAUUCCACAACCUUGCCUACGAACUCGUCAGUUUCCAAUCUCUCAAGCUUUCUAUCAGACAUAUCCAGUAGCCCAUCUUCUACGGGCCUGGGAGGACUUGAUCCGACUGCGACGAGCACAGUGGCCGUCUCUGAUAGUAGCAGUCCUCUGUCGAGCGGUCUCUCGGAGUCGCGAGAAACACAGACAUCGGGCUCAACAGUAGGUAGCUUUGCGAAUUCAACAACAUCAGCGUUGUUCGCAAACUCUACUAGUAGCAGCUUGGUAAACUCUAGCAGCACAGCUCCUUUUGCAAACAGCACAACAGCACUGGAGGUUGGACAGACGAGUAGUAGCAGCCACAACAUGACGAGUACCGUCUCGGCAGCCAAUGCAACAUCAACAGGCUUGUUCCUCAAUACCACGACUUCAGGAAUACUCAAUGGAACAGCACCAACGACUCCAGUCAAUGUAGCCGUCAAUACCACGAGUGCACCAUUCUUGAACGCAACGUCGUCGACGGCGUUACUGAGUGCAACAUCCGCACCAUUUCUAAACACGACGGGCGUCCUGAAUAUAAAUGCAACCAGUGCUCACUUUGUGAAUGCGUCAUCGACGGCGCCAUUUCUCAAUGCAACAAGCACAUCGUUUCCCAACACGACCAUUUCGGCACCGUACUUGAAUGCAACCACGACUUCAUGGUUGAAUGCGACAGCGCCGCCGUAUGCAAAUGCAACGUCGGCACCCUACCUUAACUCGACGUCAGUCCGGUUCAGUAACACCAGCACUCCUGCGGCUACGCCCACUUCGACCUCGACCUUGGACACGACGUGCGGGGAGACGUCGCCCCCGUUUCUGUUAAGAGUGUCACAGCCUUCCAGCGUUUUGGACGGAUGGUACGCCAAGGUCAGCGGAGAUCAGAUCCUGUUCAGUUCGUCGGCCAACCACUCGGAUCAAUUUAGCGUCGAGAGCUCUGGUCACUUAUGUGCAGUCGGGUACGUGGGCGCCAGCGGCCUGCCCACCAUUGCCAUUGUAGAGACCAAGGACGGGCUCACGGGCAGCGCACUCUACCUAGUGGACGGGCAGAGACUAGGUAAUCUCACUGAUCUCGGCUACGGGGCACUGGACUGCGGCAUCGCGGAGGACGACUUGAGUUGCCAAGCACGAGACAUGGCGCACUGGGUCAGUUGUGGUCUGGGCCUGGAUAUUUCCAGCGAUGGUAGCCCAAACGUAGUGGUCGACACGUGGAACUGCACUAGCCUCGCAUUAUCUGCAGUGUAUGCCUAA